CCGGCCUCUGUCAUAAGCCCUCAAUAAAAAAAGCGUCCGCUUCAUCAUGUUAGUCUCAAGCUUGUUGAUUGUUGCUGGAAGUGUAUUCGGCGCAGUGUCCGCACACACCAUCCAGGUGAACAACAACUGUGGUGAAAGAUUCAUCAUGCAAGUCCCUGGACGUGGAGUCGUGACUUCUGGUGGUGGUGGCACCUGGACAUACGAUGGGGACACCAACGGAGUCAUUGCUGCCGUCGGGAACAAUUGCGAGGAGAACGGAGUGCCAUGCACUGCGGCCGAGUUUUCGCUGGUCUCCGCCGUCACCUCUGCCGACAUCACUUUGAUACCUCCCCACCAAUACAACAAGUCAUUGCGCAUCACCCUCACCAACGGGCUUUCUAAGUCUUGCACCUCGGCUGAUUGCCCCGACGCUUUCCACACUGACGGAAACGACGAACUCUACCAAAUCCAAGAGUCGGGCAACCCGAACUCCGGCAUUACUUUAGAUUUUUGCAUCUGA